AUGGGCUGCGGCUACUCGAAGCUGGAGCCCGACGAGGAGCGGGGAGACGGCCUCCCGCCGAGCCGGCUCCGCAGUGAGGAUCCGGGCGGCGCCACCCGCCGGCGAGCUCCCUCCGCCGCCCCCGCCACCUCCGGGAUCCUCGUCCCCCAGGAGGAGGAGGACGCGGAGUCCUUUACGGCGGAGGAGGAGAUCUCCCACGGCGCCGGCGUUUGUCCGCCUCCGGCGGAGUCCAGAAGGCCCCCCCGCUGUCCUCCUCCGAUGAUGAUGAGGAGCAGAGAAUCCGGCGGCGCCGGGUCGGAGGAGAAGGACGAGGGAGAAGGAGAGGAGGGAGGAGGGAAGAGGAGAUCAGUUGCAGAGGAGAGAGGGGAGAGGAAGAGGAAGGACUCCGCAGAGAGAGAGGAGGGGGAGGGGGUGAGUAGAUCCGCAUCCUUGCUCAGCCAUGAGGAUGGGGACCUCCCCGGAUCGCCGAGCUUCAGAUUCUACUUCACCGCCGUCCCCAUCCGCGACUCCGCCGACGACGAGGAAUAUCUCAUCCCCGGUAUGUCCCUCUGCAACUCCCUCAGUUAGAGAUCGAGAGAUCGAUAGAGAAAGAAGCAGUGAAGGUUCACCAUGGCUCUUCUGGUGGCGCCGCAGCAGAGAAGACGAGCAGGAAGGAGAUGCACAGCCGACUGGGGAGAAAGGACAGCACCGACUCUCGGGCCUCCGAGGUGCGGAUUCUCUUCCUACUCCUCCAUUGCUGAGCUCCUCCUCCUAGUUGCUGGAGAUUCUAGGGUUUGCCGUGCUGCAUCAGGAGGGUGAUGGGAGAGCUCCGAAGAGAUUCAGAGGUCGGGGGCUCAAGGUGUUGACGAAGGGGACGGGCUCCGUCUACGCUCUCUUCAAGGUCAGGUCCUCCUACGGCGGCGGCGGGGCCAACAACUCCUCCUCCCUGGUUCCCGAGAAGGUGGCGUAG